UUGACCUCCGACACCUCACAUAUCCGACCUCGUCUCCAAAAGAAUACACAACAAUCAGUCGAGGGAGAAGGAUACACCAGGGACGGGACCCUGUCAUGUUUCAGUGACGGGCCCCUCCCGACCGGCGAAUGACAAGCGGGCAUCCGAGGGUGGGGCUUGCCUCAGUCUCUCAUGAUUGGCUGCUGGAUGGAAUUAAGGUGAAUGGAACUCGCGUCCAGGGAGCAGGACCGUAGCCCAUCAGAGGGAGAGGAGAAACGGUGGCUCAAUGGCCCGAAAAGGAAGAGGAAGAACAGCCAAUGUUCCUUGAAGAGUAUGACUGCACGUUGUCUGAGUGACAGCUCUAAAUCCCUCGAGCUGAAAGAAGCGAGUAAAGAAGGGUACAUCCCCAGCUACCUCGAAAAGGAUGAGCCAUGUGUGGUGUGUGGUGACAAGGCCACAGGUUACCACUACCGCUGCAUUACCUGCGAGGGCUGCAAGGGUUUCUUCCGUCGGACCAUUCAAAAGAACCUCCACCCGAGCUACUCCUGUAAAUACGAUGGCUGCUGCAUCAUCGACAAGAUCACCCGCAACCAGUGUCAGCUGUGCCGCUUCAAGAAGUGCAUCGCCGUGGGCAUGGCCAUGGACCUGGUGCUGGACGACUCGAAGCGGGUGGCUAAGCGGCGUCUGAUCGAGGAGAACAGGGAGCGACGCAAGAAGGAGGAGAUGGUGAAAACCCUCCAGAACCGUCCAGAGCCCACCGACAGCGAGUGGGAGGUGAUCCACCUGGUGACGGAGGCCCACCGGCACACCAACGCUCAGGGCGCGCAGUGGAAACAGAAGCGUAAAUUCCUGCCAGAGAAGAUCGGCCAGUCCCCGGUCACCCCGACGUCAGACGGCGACAAGGUGGACCUGAAGGCCUUCAGCGAGUUCACCAAGAUCAUCACUCCUGCCAUCACCCGCGUCGUCGACUUUGCCAAAAAACUGCCCAUGUUCUCCGAGCUACCCUGUGAAGACCAGAUCAUCCUGCUGAAGGGCUGCUGCAUGGAGAUCAUGUCUCUGCGAGCCGCCAUGCGCUACGACCCCGAGAGCGAAACGCUGACGCUGAGCGGCGAGAUGGCCGUGAAGCGCGAGCAGCUGAAGAACGGCGGGCUGGGCGUGGUGUCGGACGCCAUCUUCGACCUGGGCAAGAGCCUGGCGCAGUUCCACCUGGACGACACGGAGGUGGCGCUGCUGCAGGCCGUGCUGCUCAUGAGCUCAGACCGUUCGGGCCUGACCUCCAUGGACCGGAUCGAGAAGUGCCAGGAGAUCUACCUGCUGGCGUUCGAGCACUACAUCAACUACCGCAAGCACAACAUUCCUCACUUCUGGCCCAAGCUGCUGAUGAAGGUGACCGACCUGCGGAUGAUCGGGGCGUGCCACGCCAGCCGCUUCCUGCACAUGAAGGUGGAGUGUCCCAACGAACUCUUCCCGCCGCUCUUCCUCGAGGUCUUCGAGGACCAGGAGGUGUGACACUGGGCCGCCGCCUUUUUUUUGGGGAGGGCACGAGGACG